AUGAUGAAAGGUGAUAAAGCAGUUGUUUUAGAAUCCGUCAAACAAUCACAAAACUCAUUGUGUUAUGCUUCGCAAGAUCUUUUGUGUGACAACCAAUUCUUGUUGGAAAUUGUUAAGAGUGGAUGUAAUCUUGUUCUCGAUUAUGUGCCAGAAGAAAUUUCAAAUGACAAGGAAUUUAUCUUACAAGCAAUCAAACUGAACAGUCUUUCCAUUGUGUCAUCGAAACAUGUUCAUAUUGUAUCUGAUAAGGAAUUCAUGUUAGAGGCAGUGAUGAACAAUGGAUAUGCAUUGAAUUAUGCAAGUGAUGAAGUGAAACAAGAUCCGGAAAUUGUGAUGGAAGCUCUUAAAUGCAAUGGUUUUGUUUUGAAGUACAGUGAUGAAUUAUAUCAAUCAAGAAUGCACCAUUGUUAUCAUGAUGCUUAUUUGGGUAUGACAAUGAGUCUCCGUUGA